AUGGACGACUGGAAAGAAUUGGCGAUGCAAAGUAACGUGACCCAGGUUCAUUCAGGUUCAGGUUCAGGUUUGGGUUCCUACGGUAGGUUGGGGAGUCGGGCGGCAGCGUCGUCAUCAAAGCUUGGCUUUGGGUCGGGAGGGACGCCUACCGUCAAUCACCCCCCGAAAUAA